UCCUAGCGGCCGCUUCCGGCCAGGCUCGCUGCUGCUGCUGCUGCUGCUGCUGCUGCUGCUGCUGCUACUGCUGCUGCACCUGCAGCUGCUUUCUGUUUUGAGGGCGUCCAGCAGGCUCGUCUCGUCUCGCGGCCACGUGGCACAGCCCCACUGGCCUGGCGUCGCUGCGCGCGUAUCGCCCCCCACCGCCCCCUGACCUGGGGUCCCCCGACUCCCGUCCGUGCGAGCGCGGCCUCAUGGCCGCGGCUCAGCGCUUUCGGUUCCGGGAGGAGCCGGGCCCUGGAACCGACGGGGCCGUGCUGGAGGUCCGCGUCCCGCAGGGUCUUGAUAUUUAGGCCUGCCUGGCCUUCAGUUGGGGGCUCUGGUCCAGCGCUGGAGUGAACAGUGUGCCACCACAGCCAUCCAUGCACUGUUCUUGAGUGGACUGAGUCCUGCAUGUCCAAUAUGGGAUGUAUGUCUGGCCCUGUGCUGUAGUCCUGGCCCAGUACCUGUGGUUUCACAGAAGAUCUCUGCCAGGCAAAGCCGUCUUAGAGAUUGGCGCUGGAGUGAGUCUUCCAGGGAUUUUGGCUGCCAAAUGUGGUGCUGAAGUAAUACUAUCUGACAGCUCAGAACUGCCCCACUGUUUGGAUGUUUGCUGGCAAAGCUGUCAACUGAAUGAACUGACACAGGUUCAAGUUGUAGGACUGACAUGGGGCCAUAUAACAAAGGACUUACUGUCUUUGCCAACACAAGACAUCAUUCUUGCGUCUGACGUGUUCUUUGAACCAGAAGACUUUGAAAGCAUUUUAGCCACAGUCUACUUUCUGAUGCAGAGGAACCCCAAAGUUCAAUUUUGGUCUACCUACCAGGUCAGAAGUGCGGACUGGUCACUUGAAGGCUUGCUCUUCAAGUGGGAUAUGAAAUGUGUCCAUAUUCCUCUGGAGUCUUUUGAUGCAGACAAGGAAGAUAUAGCCGAGUCUACCCUCCCAGGAAGACAUACUGUUGAAAUGCUGGUGAUCUCGGCAAAGAACAGCUCCUGAAUUGUACCUCAAGCUGUUCAGGGACAGUGUCAAGACUGAAUAACCUGGCAGAAAGAGGAGCUGUCUCCAGCAAAUACAGUGGGCCUGAAGACGGCUUUAAGACUGAAAUCAUGCCCAAGAAAUUGAUGGGCAAUGUAACUUUGAACAAAUUAAACACUUAAAAAAGGACUUGGGACUCCUCUCAAUAACUAGGAGAAUGUGACGCUUUUAAAUCCUCAAGAAAAUGCUACUGUUAGUUUAGGUCUAAGUGGCAUACUCCUACUCAACACUGAAGAUAAAUAACUACAUAGGUCUUUAGAUUGAACCGAAGAAAAAAAGACCAGGACAUCUUCUCAAAAAAGCUAACACCAAGAAACACUUUAAUCAAACUACAGAAACAAUGGUUAUAGUACAGAAUAUUCAUAAGCAAAAGAUACACCAUGUUUUAAGUACUUACAAAGUUACAAACCAUUUGCUUCCUUAACAUUUUCUGAUUAAGUUCAUACAUGAGGAUGAUCAGAUUUACCAUUUUUUGAGGGGAGAGGGGUGUGUAUUUAUCAUCAGCUAGAUGUGCUCACUGUAUGCUCCAUUAUUUAUAUGCAAGGCCCGGGUGACUGGAAGUGCAGUUGUCAGGCAUUUUAAUAAACUGGACAGCCAUUUGUUUCUGCACAAGAAGGCAUCUUUACACAGGAGCAAUCAGGAGAAAACAGGAAACAGCCAAGCACUCUGCACUGCAACACGCCACCUUAACAGCUAACCAGCAUUACUCAACUGCUACACAACUGCGCCUAGUGC